AUGCGGAAACGCUAUAUCCCACCUCAUUUCCAUCGCAAACUCCAGCGAAAAUAUCGAAGGAUUUCGCAAGGUGCUAGAACCGUAGAAGAGUAUUUCGAGGAAUUUGAGCACCUUAGGAGUAGAUUAGUGAUGGACGAGGAUGAGGAAACCGUGAUGGCACAGUUCCUCGAUGGCCUCAACGAGCGUAUUGCUCGAAAGGUCGAGCGCCACCCAUACCAAAACCUCCACGAGCUCUUACACUUGGCUGUGCAGAUCGAAAAACAAAACCAGCGUAAGCAAGCCCGGCUAAGUAAGCCCAAACCCUCGCCUAGCAACCCCAUUACCCUCCCUAGGACUACCUCCACACCCCGAAAGGAAACGACCGAAGGUCGUAGCUUUCCAAGUUACAAGGAUAAAGGGAAAGCUCCAGAAACCUCGCAAUCCCGAACUCAAACUGACUCCACACGCGAUCUACGAUCACGGGAGAUCAUAUGUUAUAAAUGUCGGGGAAGGGGACAUAUGGCUCGUGACUGUCCAAAUGCUAGGGUAAUGAUUAUUACGGACAGUGGAGAAUUACUAGUCACUCGACGAGUACUUAGUACGCUAGUAACUCCGGAAGAGACCGCCCAACGAGAGACGAUCUUUCACACCCGUUGCACGGUAAAUGGGAAGGUAUGUGGAAUGAUUAUCGAUAGUGGUUCAUGCACCAACGUGGCCAGCGCCUAUAUGGUGAAAAAGCUGGAUCUAUCCACAGAAAAACACCCGUGCCCAUACAAGCUGCAGUGGCUUAAUAACAGCGGAGAACUCAAAGUGACCGAAAGGGUCAAAAUCCCGUUCAGUAUAGGAAAGUAUCGCGACGAGGUCCUUUGCGACGUCGUUCUUAUGCAAGCCGGUCAUAUCCUUUUAGUCAGACCAUGGCAAUUCGAUCGGGAAGUAACCCACGACGGCCGAGCCAACCAAUACUCCUUGGUGUAUGACAAACGAAAGGAUCAGUUGAGCUUAUCUUUGGAAACACCGACUCAUAGUCCUGUUGUUAGCCGACUCUUAGAACACUAUAGCGAUGUAUUAACGGAUGAAAUCCCCGCAGGAUUACCUCCUAUACGCGGGAUCGAACACCAAAUCGAUCUAGUGCCUGGAGCACCGUUGCCUAACUGGCCCGCGUACCGGAUGAACCCUGAAGAGACUCCAGAGCUCGAGAAACAAGUCCAAGAGCUAAUGAGUAAGGGUUAUAUCCGAGAAAGUCUCAGUCCUUGCGCUGUACCCGUACUACUUGUGCCAAAAAAGGACGGGACUUGGAGGAUGUGUGUGGAUUGCCGCGCCAUCAACAACAUCACGGAUAGUCUCACUACCGCGCCGGUUUUAGUCCUCCCAAACUUUGACAAAACCUUUGAGGUCGAGUGCGAUGCCUCCGGGAUUGGCAUUGGAGCCGUCCUAAUGCAGGAGAAGAGGCCCGUGGCCUAUUUUAGCGAGAAGCUCAGCGGAGCUACGCUGAACUAUCCGACUUACGACAAAGAGCUCUAUGCUCUUGUACGUGCACUUGAGACGUGGCAGCAUUAUUUGCUCGCCAAAGAGUUUGUCGUGCAUUCCGAUCACGAGACGCUAAAGCAUCUUAAAGGACAAACCACGCUUAAGCGACGCCACGCCAAAUGGCUUGAGUUUAUUGAGACAUUUCCCUACGUAAUCAAGUAUAAGAAGGGAAAAGAAAACGUCGUCGCGGAUGUUUUGUCUCGUAGACAUACGUUGCUCUCGGUCAUGGAAGCCCGCAUGCUAGGCUUCGUUCUCAUCAAGGAAAACUAUGUGACCGAUCCAGAUUUUAGAACCGUCAUUGAGGAUUGUAGGCAGGAUGCUUCUGGCCCAUUUUACCUACAUGACGGAUAUCUAUUCCGCGAUCGCCGACUUUGCAUCCCCGCUGGGUCGAUGUGA